AUGAGCGAUGAAACAAUAACUGAAAACACCAAAAUCGUCAACUCGAAAACCCCGAAUCCUCGAUUGAAAUUCAUCUUAUCCAAACUAGUGGACCACUUACAUGAUUUUGCCAGAGGGACAAGACUCACCACUGAGGAAUGGGACGUUGGUAUAGAUUUCCUAACACCGGUAGGUCAAACCUGUACAGAGAUCAGACAGGAGUUCAUCCUGCUAAGUGAUGUCCUGGGGCUAUCUGUGCUAGUUGAUGGGAUCUCACAUCCAAAGCCUGAAGGUGCCACCAUUGGAACCCUGCUGGGCCCAUUCCAUACCCAUGACGCUGAAGAGCACCAACAGGGAGACUCCAUCUGUUCUGAAGGGAAAGGUGAACCUCUAUUAAUCACUGGGAAGUUGACUGAUUUACAAGGUGAGCCCAUAGAGGGAGCAUCUAUAGAUCUUUGGGAAUGUGAUGAGAAUGGGCUCUAUGAUACCCAGUACCCAGACAGAGACGGUCCAGACUGUCGUGGGAUCGUGCACACGAAUGCCCAGGGCGAGUUUGUUAUAAAAUGCAUCAAGCCUACACCUUAUCCUAUUCCUCAUGAUGGUCCUGUGGGUCAAUUGUUGCAAGUGAUCAAGAGACAUCCUUAUAGACCUGCCCAUAUCCAUUUCAUCAUUGAGAAGCCAGGUUAUGACAAGUUGAUUACGGCUUUAUAUCAUAAAGGUGAUCGUUUUGAGAAUUCUGAUGCUGUUUUCGGUGUAAAAACUCCAUUGUUAUUUGAAUUGGUUCCAUUAGGUGAGAAAUUGGCGAAGAAAUAUGAUAUGAAUGCUAAUGAUUGGUAUUUGGAACAAAACUUCACUAUUGUUACUGAAGGUGAAGCUAGAGAGUGUAGAAUUGCCAAAUCUAAAAAAUUUUUGAAAGAGAAUGUUGAAGGUGAGUUUGAAUUUAAUGAGAAUGGAUUGCCAAUAGCUUCUGUUGAUUGA